AUGGCGACCGUCCGGGCCUCCCCGCGAGGCGCGCUGCUGCUUCUCCUGACGGUGGCUGGGGUCGCGGAGGUAGCAGGGGGCCUGGCCCCGGGCAGUGCGGGUGCACUGUGUUGUAAUCACUCAAAGGAUAACCAGAUGUGCCGUGAUGUUUGUGAACAGAUAUUUUCCUCAAAAAGUGAAUCGCGACUAAAACAUCUGUUGCAGCGAGCCCCAGAUUAUUGCCCUGAAACAAUGGUUGACAUUUGGAGUUGUAUGAAUUCAUCUUUGCCAGGUGUGUUUAAGAAGUCUGAUGGCUGGGUUGGCUUAGGCUGCUGUGAACUGGCUAUUACCUUGGAAUGUCGACAGGCAUGCAAGCAGGCAUCGUCAAAAAAUGAUAUUUCCAGAGUUUGCAGAAAAGAAUAUGAGAAUGCUCUUUUCAGUUGCAUUAGCAGAAAUGAAAUGGGAUCAGUUUGUUGCAGUUAUGCAGGCCAUCACACAAACUGCCGAGAAUACUGUCAAGCCAUUUUCCGAACAGAUUCUUCUCCUGGUCCUUCUCAGAUCAAAGCAGUGGAAAAUUAUUGUGCCUCUAUUAGUCCACGAUUAAUACACUGUGUGAACAAUUACACUCAGUCUUAUCCAAUGAGGAACCCAACAGAUAGUUUGUAUUGCUGUGACAGAGCUGAAGAUCAUGCUUGCCAAAGUGCCUGCAAGAGAAUUCUGAUGUCUAAGAAAACAGAAAUGGAGAUUGUCGAUGGCCUCAUCGAGGGUUGUAAGACCCAGCCUUUGCCUCAGGAUCCACUUUGGCAGUGUUUUCUUGAAAGCUCACAGUCUGUUCACCCUGGAGUCACUCUGCAUCCUCCUCCCUCUACAGGCCUUGAUGGUGCUAAACUGCAUUGUUGUUCUAAAGCAAACACUUCAACAUGUAGAGAACUGUGUACUAAACUUUAUAGCAUGAGCUGGGGCAAUACACAGAGUUGGCAAGAGUUUGAUCGCUUUUGUGAAUAUAAUCCAGUGGAAGUGUCCAUGUUGACCUGUUUAGCAGAUGUCCGGGAACCUUGCCAGUUGGGCUGUAGAAACCUUACUUACUGCACUAAUUUUAACAACAGGCCAACAGAACUUUUCAGGAGUUGCAAUGCUCAGUCAGAUCAAGGAGCCAUGAAUGACAUGAAGCUGUGGGAAAAAGGAAGCAUAAAGAUGCCAUUUAUCAACAUACCUGUUCUUGACAUUAAAAAGUGCCAACCAGAAAUGUGGAAAGCAAUAGCUUGUUCGCUGCAGAUUAAGCCUUGUCAUAGUAAAUCACGGGGCAGUAUUAUUUGCAAAUCGGAUUGUGUAGAGAUUCUCAAGAAAUGUGGGGACCAGAACAAAUUCCCUGAAGACCACACAGCUGAAAGUAUUUGUGAGCUUCUGUCACCCACAGAUGACCUGGAGAACUGCAUACCUUUGGAUACAUACCUCAGGCCAAGUUCUUUAGGUAACAUUGUAGAAGAGGUGACUCAUCCUUGUAACCCAAACCCUUGCCCUGCUAAUGAGCUCUGUGAGGUAAACCGGAAAGGGUGUCCAUCUGGUGAUCCCUGCCUUCCAUACUCUUGUGUUCAGGGCUGCAAAUUGGGAGAAGCAUCUGAUUUUAUUGUCCGUCAAGGGACACUGAUCCAGGUGCCAUCAUCUGCAGGGGAAGUUGGUUGUUAUAAAAUUUGCUCAUGUGGGCAAAGUGGACUCUUAGAAAACUGUAUAGAGAUGCACUGUAUAGACCUUCAGAAGUCUUGUAUUGUUGGAGGAAAAAGAAAAAGUCAUGGAACUUCCUUUAAUGUCGACUGCAAUAUCUGUUCUUGUUUUGCUGGCAAUUUGGUGUGUUCUACCCGCCUGUGUCUCAGUGAGCACAGCUCAGAAGAUGACCGUCGUACCUUCACAGGUCUGCCCUGCAACUGUGCAGAUCAGUUUGUCCCCGUUUGUGGGCAGAAUGGACGCACUUACCCCAGCGCCUGCAUUGCUCGCUGUGUGGGCCUCCAGGACCAUCAGUUUGAGUUCGGAUCAUGCAUCUCAAAGGAUCCAUGUACUCCUAAUCCCUGCCCAAAAAACCAAAGAUGCAUACCCAAACCACAAGUCUGCCUGACGACAUUUGAUAAAUUUGGAUGUAGCCAAUACGAGUGUUUGCCAAGACAGCUCACCUGUGACCAGGUCCGAGAUCCUGUUUGUGAUACAAACCACAUGGAGCACAGCAAUCUCUGCACUUUGUACCAGAGAGGGAAAAGCCUCUUAUACAAAGGCCCGUGCCAGCCUUUUUGCAGGGCCCCGGAGCUCAUCUGUGGGCACAACGGGGAGACCUAUAGCAGCGUGUGUGCUGCCUACUCGGACCGGGUGGCCGUCGAUUACUAUGGGCCCUGCCAGGCUGUUGGGGUCCUCUCCGAGUACAGUUCUGUGGCUGAGUGUGCUGCUGUGAAGUGUCCUUCACUCUCAGCGACUGAGUGCAAACCCAUCAUCCCACCUGGUGCUUGUUGCCCAUUAUGUGCUGGAAUGUUAAGAGUUUUGUUUGACAAAGAAAAACUGGAUACUAUUGCUAAGGUUACAAACAAAAAGCCAAUCACAGUUCUGGAAAUACUUCAGAAGAUCCGCAUGCACGUGUCUGUCCCACAGUGUGACGUGUUUGGGUACUUCAGCAUUGAGUCAGAAAUUGUGAUCCUUAUCAUUCCUGUGGACCAUCAUCCAAAGGCUUUACAGAUUGAGGCCUGCAAUAAGGAAGCAGAGAAGAUCGAAUCUCUUAUCAACUCUGACAGCCCCACUCUGGCGGCCCACGUCCCUCUGUCUGCCCUGGUCAUCUCCCAGGUGCAGGUCUCCAGCAGCAUGCCCUCAGCCGCCCCAAGGGCCCAGCCUCCCCAUCACUCCCGCCUCUUCCUCCUCAGCCUGGGCCUCACCUUCCACAGGGUCUGGAGACACAACUGAUGCCCAUGAAAACUGCAAAAUAGUCCUUGAUCUAAUUUUCUUACUUUGGAAAAAACAUAUAGGACUGCUGGUUUGUAGUUGAAUAGUGGCCAAGGCAAAGCACUUGUCACCUCUAACCUCUGUUCACCAUACAGUAUUUUUCUUAAUUACCAGUAUUAGUAAGGAUUUUGCCUUGUUUCUACAAGUGUUACAAUAUAUUCUUCCAAAUACUAAGGAAAAGAGGAUGU